AAUGGAAAUCCAAGCACAAAAUGAAAGUGUUAGGGGUUCCCAAAUUUAUAGCCAUGGGAUCCAGUGAAAAAAAUGGAACAAAAUACCGCUUCAUGAUCAUGGAGAGAUUUGGAGAAGAUCUGCAGAAGAAAUUUGAAAGGAAUGGAAAGAGAUUUCCCACAGAGGCUGUGUAUAGAUUGGGACUAAGAAUGCUGGAUGCCUUAGAGUAUAUCCAUUCCAAGGAAUAUGUCCAUGCAGAUAUAAAAGCAUCAAAUAUGCUGGAAGGAUUUAAAGACACAGACCAGGUGUAUUUAGUUGAUUAUGGUCUUGCAUUCAAAUUCUCAUGUGAUGGAAAGCACAAAGAAUACAAAGAGGACCCCAGAAAAGCACAUGAUGGGACAAUAGAAUUCACCAGUAGAGAUGCUCAUGUUGGGGCAGCACCUUCAAGAAGGGGUGACAUAGAAAUUCUUGGAUAUUGCCUACUACAAUGGCUGUGUGGUCGGUUACCAUGGGAAAGUAAUUUAGAGAACAAAGACUUUGUCAGAGAUCAAAAACUCAAGUAA